CGCGCGCGUAGGCAGAGCGGAGUGCGCCGCGGUCAGCUGACUGCUCCGGCUGGCACGUGACUCGCUCUGGGCGCAGGGGUCGAGGAAGCCGAGAGGCCGGAGCUUAGGUCCGGGAGGGAUGGAGCGCUGAGCGGUUAACGUCUGCCAGGCUUCCCGCAUUCGCACCUGCCGCCGCCGUCGCGGCCUCCUGAGACACCUUCCCGGAUUCUCCCCUGCUUGCCAAAGAGGUAACAAACAUGACUGAGUUCUGGCUCAUAUCUGCUCCUGGGGAGAAAACCUGUCAGCAAACAUGGGAGAAACUACAUGCAGCGACCACCAAGAACAAUAACCUUGCUGUCUCUUCCAAGUUCAACAUUCCUGACUUAAAGGUUGGCACGUUGGAUGUCUUGGUUGGCUUGUCGGAUGAACUGGCUAAACUGGAUGCAUUUGUAGAAGGAGUGGUCAAGAAAGUGGCUCAGUAUAUGGCUGAUGUGCUGGAGGACAGUAAAGAUAAAGUUCAGGAGAACUUGCUGGCCAGUGGAGUUGACUUGGUUACUUACAUAACAAGGUUCCAGUGGGAUAUGGCUAAAUAUCCAAUCAAGCAGUCUCUGAAAAAUAUUUCUGAAAUAAUUGCCAAGGGAGUGACUCAGAUCGAUAAUGACCUAAAGUCUCGGGCAUCUGCAUACAAUAACUUGAAAGGGAAUCUUCAGAAUUUGGAGCGAAAGAACGCGGGAAGUUUGCUAACUCGAAGCCUGGCGGAAAUCGUGAAGAAAGACGACUUUGUUCUUGAUUCGGAGUAUCUUGUCACAUUGCUGGUGGUAGUUCCCAAGUUGAACCACAACGACUGGAUUAAGCAGUAUGAAACGCUCGCAGAAAUGGUAGUACCAAGGUCGAGCAAUGUUCUUUCAGAGGACCAAGACAGUUAUCUUUGUAACGUCACCUUGUUUAGAAAAGCAGUUGAUGAUUUCAGACACAAAGCCAGAGAAAACAAAAGAGAAGUGCUGCAUGAGUUGUAUAAGCAUCUAGACAGCAGUGCGGCUGCCAUCAUUGACGCUCCUAUGGAUAUUCCUGGCCUAAACCUGAGUCAGCAAGAAUACUACCCCUAUGUGUAUUACAAGAUUGAUUGCAACUUGCUGGAAUUCAAGUAAAAAUGAGCUCCUGCCAGUCAAUCCUGUCCUUGUGUUGGUGUGUGCUCACAGAGUUAGCUCUCAUAACUCUCGUGCCCUCUGCUUGCUCCUUACCCUCCCCUAGGUGGAUUUCUCAUGUGGUCCAUAUCUCAACAUUUGCUUUUUAAAGAAAAAAAUAUAUAUAUUGUUUCUUUUUAUUGAUCAGGUCUGUAAAUGUGUACUGAAAAAAAUCAAGAGUUUAUUUAUAAAUAGAAUAGUUUAUUUAAAGAGGUAUUUUCCUCCUUGAUAUCAUGGUAUGCAUAAUUCUGUGUGUUACUGUUUUGCACAGCCUUGUUUACAGGGAAUUGUGUAAGCAUACCAUUUCAUUCACUGUAUUAGUAGACAUAACUGUUGAGAAGUUACUAAAUUGUGAUGUAGUGCUAUGUGACAGCGUUCAGGUGUGUGAUUUCGGAAUGUUCCAACACUACCUUGUCAGCACUGUUGACACCCACAGGACAGAAUAAAAGAACCUGUGCAUGCUGUGCUGUGUGUGUGACUUGAGAGGCUCCAAGGAGCCACAGCCUGGCUGGGCUGUUUUCAGGAGCUCACUGCUGCUGAGCUGUGAGCAUUUGUGUCUGUCUUGCAUAGGAUUUAAUUGUGCCAAAUUUGGGUCAGAGCACAAAUCAGAAGGUUAUUUUUCCACACAUGGUGAUAUUUAUGUUUGGACACUGGAUGUUUAGCUGUCUUGAAUAAGAAGUGGGGCCAGUUUUGAAUAAAGUGUAGCAAAACUA